UGGCCGCGCCCAGGAGUUUAUGCCGCACGUGAGAAAGAGUCUCGGCAUCUGUGGAGCGGAGAGUGCAAGUGUGUGAGCCAGUUUCCUUUCCCUACAGUCGGCUACAGCGCUUCGACCUUUGCCGAGCCCUUCGCGGGCUGCUGCCCCUCUAAAGCUAUGAAGACAAAGCCCGUUUCUCACAAGACCGAGAACACGUACCGGUUCCUUACAUUUGCUGAACGACUGGGGAAUGUGAAUAUUGAUAUUAUUCAUCGGAUUGAUAGAAUCGCAAGCUAUGAUGAGGAAGUUGAAACUUAUUUUUUUGAGGGCCUGCUGAAAUGGAGAGAAUUGAACCUUACGGAACACUUUGGGAAAUUUUACAAAGAAGUUAAUGACAAAUGCCAAUCAUUCAAUCAGUUGGUCUAUCAUCAAAAAGAGAUAGUUCAGAGUUUGAAGACUCACCUGCAAAUUAAGAACAGUUUUGCCUAUCAACCCCUUUUGGAUUUGGUUGUACAGUUGGCACGAGAUCUGCAGACAGACUUCUAUCCACAUUUUCCAGAUUUUUUUCUGACUAUCACUCCAAUCCUGGAGACUCAGGACACGGAGCUGUUAGAAUGGGCUUUCACCUCGCUGUCGUAUCUUUACAAGUACCUGUGGAGACUAAUGGUGAAGGACAUGUCCAAUAUAUACAGCAUGUACAGUACACUGCUGGCUCAUAACAAACUACAUAUAAGAAAUUUUGCCGCUGAAAGCUUUACAUUUUUGAUGAGAAAGGUUUCUGAUAAAAAUGCGCUUUUCAAUUUAAUGUUUCUUGAUCUUGAUAAACAUCCGGAAAAGGUAGAAGGAGUUGGACAGUUGCUGUUUGAAAUGUGCAGAGGAGUUAGAAAUAUGUUUCACUCUUGUACAGGCAAGGCAGUGGAGCUCAUUUUGCAAAAGCUAGGACCAGUUACUGAAACAGAAAUUCAGCUACCAUGGAUUUUAGUUGGAGAAACACUCAAAAACAUGGUCAAGUCCACUGUCUUCUACAUCUACAAGGAACAUUUUGGUACAUUUUUUGAAUGUUUGCAAGAAUCACUCCUGGAUCUACAUUCAAAAGUAACUAAAGCUAAUUCUUGUGAAAGCUCUGAACAGAUUAAAAGGCUGUUAGAAACUUAUCUGAUACUUGUGAAACAUGGAAAUGGAUCAAAGAUAACUAAACCUGUUGAAGUGUGUAAGGUGUUGUCUCAGACAUUACAAAUAGUUAAUCUUUCCACAUCUUGCCGGGAGACCCUUUUGGAUGUAAUUUCUGCUUUGAUCCUAGGCGAAAAUGUUUCCUUGCCAGACACACUCAUCAAAGAAACCAUAGCAAAAAUUUUUGAAAGCAGAUUUGAAAGAUGUUUAAUUUUGGAUUUUUCUGAAGUCAUGUUUACUAUGCAGCAGUUUGAGCAGCUCUUUCUACCAAGCUUUCUCUUAUAUAUUGAGAAUUGCUUCUUGAUUGAUGAUGCUGAAAUUAAAGAUGAAGCUCUGGCCAUUUUGGCCAAACUCAUUCUGAACAAAGCACCACCUCCCUCUGCUGGUUCAAUGGCAAUUGAAAAGUACCCUCUGGUUUUCUCACAAUCAACAGUGGGAUCCUGCAUAAGGCAGAAGACGACUAGAUCCAAGAGAGAAAAGGCACAGAUUCCAGUACUGGAGCAUCUCUUAUCUAUAAUUCAGUUACCCCCAAAUAAAGAUACUACCUACCUUUCACAUUCUUGGGCAGCCCUUGUAGUGUUACCUCAUAUUAGACCACUUGAGAAAGAGAAGGUGAUUCCGCUGGUCACAUGCUUCAUUGAAUCACUCUUCAUGACUGUUGACAAAGGGAGCUUUGGAAAAGGAAACUUAUUUGUUCUUUGUCAAGCUAUAAAUACUCUGCUAAGUUUGGAAGAGUCAUCUGAACUUCUUCAUUUGGUUCCUGUGGAACGUGUGAAGAAUUUAGUAUUAACAUUUCCUUUGGAGCCAUCUGUGUUGCUGUUGGCUGAUCUAUAUUAUCAGAGAUUAUCUUUAUGUGGCUGCAAAGGGCCACUUUCUGAGGAAGCUUUAAUGGAAUUAUUUUCCAAGUUACAAGCAAACAUCUCAACUGGUGUUUCCAAGAUUCGGCUUUUGACAAUAAGGAUCCUAAACCAUUUUGAUGUUCGGCUUCCAGAUUUGAUGGAGGAUGAUGGGCUCUCAGAGCGUCAGUCUGCCUUUGCUGUAUUACGCCAGGCAGAACUUGUUCCAGCAACUGUGAAUGAUUACAGAGAGAAGCUCCUUCAUUUGCGAAAACUAAGACAUGAUGUGGUGCAGACUGCAGUCCCCAGUGGACCAUUACAGGAGGUGCCGCUUCGUUAUUUACUUGGUAUGUUAUAUGUUAACUUCAGUGCUCUUUGGGAUCCUGUAAUCGAACUCAUAAGUUCUCAUGCACAUGAAAUGGAAAAUAAACAAUUUUGGAAAGUCUACUAUGAACAUCUAGAAAAGGCAGCUACACAUGCUGAGAAAGAACUGCAAAAUGAUAUGAGAGAUGAGGAGAAGUCCACUGGAGAUGAAAAUUGGGAGCAGACCCAGGAAGGAGAUGUCGGAGCUCUUUAUCAUGAGCAGUUAGCAUCAAAAACUGACUGUCGGGAAAGACUGGACCAUACCAACUUUCGAUUUUUGCUCUGGCGAGCUCUGGCAAAAUUCCCAGAGAGAGUAGAGCCACGAUCCCGGGAGCUUUCCCCACUUUUCUUGAGAUUUAUCAGCAAUGAGUAUUACCCGGCAGAUCUGCAAGUUGCCCCAACCCAAGAUCUGCAAAGAAAAGGCAAAGGGGUGGCAGCAGAGGAAAUAGAAGAGGAGCCUGCUGCCAGAGAGGACGAAGAGUUGGAAGAAGACAUGGUGCCCCAAGACGAACCCACACAGAAAAAAAAGACCAGAAGAGCUGCAGCUAAGCAAUUGAUUGCUCAUUUACAAGUUUUCUCUAAAUUUUCUAAUCCACGGGCCUUAUAUCUGGAAUCCAAAUUAUAUGAGCUGUAUCUUCAGUUGUUGCUACAUCAAGAUCAAACAGUUCAAAAAAUAACCCUGGAUUGCAUAAUGACAUAUAAACAUCCACAUAUCCUCCCUUACAGGGAAAACUUACAAAGAUUGCUUGAAGAUAGAAGCUUUAAGGAAGAGAUAGUGCAUUUUAGCAUUUCAGAAGAUAAUACAGUAGUGAAAACAGCCCACCGAGCAGAUCUGUUUCCUAUUCUGAUGAGAAUUUUGUAUGGACGAAUGAAGAACAAGACUGGGAGUAAAACCCAGGGGAAAUCUGCUUCAGGCACCCGCAUGUCCAUUGUUCUGAGGUUCCUCGCAGGGACCCAGCCAGAGGAGAUCCAGUUAUUCUUAGACCUGCUGUUUGAACCUGUGAAGCACUUCAAAAAUGGAGAGUGCCAUUCUGCAGUCAUUCAAGCAGUAGAAGAUUUGGAUUUGUCUAAAGUUCUUCCUUUGGGUCGUCAGCACGGUAUCUUAAAUAGCCUUGAAAUAGUUUUGAAGAAUAUCAGUCAUUUGAUCAGUGCGUACUUACCAAAGAUUUUGCAGAUUUUGCUCUGCAUGACAGCAGCCGUAUCACACAUCCUUGACCAACGAGAAAAGAUACUGCUGAGGUUUAUUAACCCCCUGAAAAAUUUAAGACGUCUCGGAAUCAAAAUGGUAACUGAUAUCUUUUUGGAUUGGGAGUCCUAUCAGUUCCAAACGGAAGAAAUUGAUGCCGUGUUUCAUGGUGCAGUUUGGCCUCAGAUCAGCAGACUUGGAUCUGAGAGCCAGUACUCUCCUACUCCUCUGCUGAAAUUAAUUAGUGUCUGGAGCAGAAAUGCAAGAUAUUUUCCUUUCUUGGCCAAACAGAAACCUGGGCACCCAGAAUGUGAUAUCCUGACAAAUGUUUUUGCAAUUCUCUCAGCAAAGAAUCUCUCUGAAGCCUCAGCCAGUAUUGUGAUGGAUAUAGCCGAUGACCUUCUUAACCUUCCAGAUUUUGAACCCACAGAAUCUGUUUUAAGCUUGCCAGUAACUGGAUGUGUAUAUACUGACAUUGCAGAAAAUGCAUAUGAGUCCAUCACGAUAGGAGGAAGAUUAAUUCUACCUCAUGUACCUGCAAUUCUCCAGUACCUCAGCAAAACCACCAUAAGUGCAGAAAAGGUGAAAAAGAAAAAGAAUAGGGCACAAGUCAGCAAGGAACUUGGCAUUCUUUCAAAGAUCAGCAAGUUUAUGAAAGACAAAGAGCAGAGCUCUCUGCUCAUUACACUUCUCCUUCCUUUCCUCCACCGAAGCAAUAUUGCUCAGGAUACAGAGGUUGAUAUUCUGGUGACAAUACAAAAUUUGUUAAAACAUUGCGUGGACCCUACAAGCUUCCUGAAACCUCUAGCAAAACUGUUCUCAGUCAUUAAGAACAAGUUGUCGAGACAAUUGCUUUGUACAGUUUUCCAGAGUCUUUCUAAUUUUGAGAGUAAAUUGAAAUAUAUUACUGAUAUUGUCAAGCUUAACGCCUUUGAUCAAAGACAUCUUGAUGAUAUCAACUUUGAUGUUCGCUUCUCAACAUUCCAAACCAUUACCUCCUAUAUUAAAGAAAUGCAAACCGUGGAUUUUAAUUACCUAAUUCCAGUUAUGCAUAAUUGUUUCUAUAACCUGGAGUUAGGGGACAUGUCUUUAAGUGAUAAUGCCAGCAUAUGUUUGAUGAGUCUAAUCAAAAGGCUGGCUGCCCUGAGCGUCACAGAGAAAGAAUAUAGAGAAAUCAUUCACCGUUCACUUCUGGAGAAAUUGAGAAAAGGGUUGAAGAGCCAGACAGAGAGUAUUCAACAGGAUUAUACAACACUGCUUUCCUGUUUAAUUCAAACCUUCCCAAAUCAACCAGAAUUUAAAGACCUGGUACAGCUUACUGAUUACCAUGAUCCAGAAAUGGACUUCUUUGAGAACAUGAAGCACAUUCAGAUCCACAGAAGAGCACGAGCCUUGAAGAAACUUGCAAAACAGCUAAUGGAAGGCAAAAUUGUGUUGUCUUCUAAAUCUCUUCAGAAUUACAUUAUGCCUUAUGCCAUGACUCCAAUUUUUGAUGAGAAAAUGCUCAAGCAUGAAAAUAUAAGCAUUGCUGCCACGGAGGUUAUUGGUGCUGUUUGCAAACAUCUCUCUUGGUCAGCAUAUAUAUAUUACUUGAAACAUUUCAUUCAUGUGUUACAGACAGGACAGAUCAAUCAAAAGUUGGGUGUCAGUUUGCUAGUAACAGUGUUAGAAGCAUUCCACUUUGACCACAAAACUCUUGAAGAACAAAUGGGAAAAAUUCAGAAUGAAGAAAGUGACUUUUGUUGUUUACUAGACAUAGACACAAUAGAAGUGAUCGAGCUACCAGAGCAUGAAGCUGUGGAAUUAGAGCAUAUAGAUGAAGAGAAGGGAAACCCUGAUGCAGCUGAUUCUGAAGAAACACCAGCUAAGGAAUCAGAGUAUAUCACAAAGUCCGUCUCUUUCCUUCCUCGGAAUAAGGAAGAAUUGGAGAGAACAAUUAAAAAUAUCCAAGGAACCAUAACUGGGGAUAUCCUACCCAGGCUACAUAAAUGCCUUGCAUCUACGACUAAAAGGGAAGAAGAACACAAGCUUAUAAAGUCGAAGGUUGUUAAUGAUGAGGAAGUGGUUCGAGUUCCUUUAGCUUUUGCCAUGGUUAAAUUAAUGCAGUCCCUUCCACCAGAAGUUCUGGAAACUAAUCUGCCAAGUAUUUUGCUGAAAGUAUGUGCCCUUCUCAAGAAUAGAGCACAGGAAAUUAGAGACAUUGCACGCAGCACUCUUGCAAAAAUAAUAGAGGAUCUGGGUGUGCACUAUCUACAAUAUGUUUUAAAAGAAUUACAGACUACCCUUGUCCGUGGAUAUCAGGUCCACGUGCUAACUUUCACUGUUUAUAUGUUGCUGCAUGGCCUCACCAACAAGCUACAUGUUGGGGAUUUGGACUCUUGUUUAGACAUAAUGAUUGAGAUUUUUAACCAUGAGUUAUUUGGUGCCAUUGCUGAGGAGAAAGAAGUAAAGCAGAUCCUCUCCAAAAUCAUGGAGGCACGAAGAAGCAAGAGUUAUGAUUCUUAUGAAAUCCUGGGCAAGUUUGUAGGAAAAGAUCAGGUUACAAAACUUAUCCUUCCAUUAAAAGAGAUCUUACAAAAUACCACAAGUUUAAAACUGGCCCGGAAAGUUCAUGAAACCUUACGCCGAAUUAUAGCAGGAUUAAUUGUAAAUCAGGAAAUGACAGCAGAAUCCAUUCUAUUGCUCAGUUAUGGUUUGGUCAGUGAAAAUCUACCUCUGUUAACAGAAAAAGAAAAAAGUCCAGCAGCCCCUGCACCGGAUCCUCGUCUACCACCCCAGAGCUGUCUUCUGCUUCCCCCAACUCCAGUUCGAGGCAGGCAGAAAGCUGUUGUGAGCAGGAAAACUAACAUGCACAUAUUUAUUGAGUCUGGGCUUCAGCUGCUGUAUCUGAGUCUAAAGAAUUCCAAGAUCAAGUCUUCAAGUGAACAUGUUUUGGAAAUGCUGGAUCCUUUUGUGUCCCUUCUCAUAGACUGCCUGGGUUCCAUGGAUGUGAAGGUGAUCACAGGUGCUUUACAAUGCCUGAUCUGGGUCUUGAGGUUCCCCCUGCCUUCCAUAGAAACAAAAGCGGAGCAACUGACAAGACACCUCUUCCUUUUGCUGAAGGACUAUGCAAAACUCGGGGCUGCCAAGGGCCAGAACUUCCACCUGGUGGUAAAUUGUUUCAAGUGUGUGACCAUCCUUGUGAAGAAAGUGAAGUCUUAUCAGAUAACCAAAAAACAGCUUCAAGUCCUUCUGGCAUAUGCGGAGGAGGACAUUUAUGAUAACUCAAGACAAGCAACUGCAUUUGGUCUUUUGAAGGCCAUUUUAUCAAGAAAAUUGUUGGUCCCAGAAAUAGAUGAUGUCAUGCGGAAAGUAUCCAAGUUGGCAAUUUCUGCACAAAGUGAACCUGUCAGAGUCCAGUGCAGACAGGUUUUUCUGAAAUAUGUUCUUGACUAUCCCCUUGGUGACAAAUUGAGACCAAACUUGGAAUUCAUGCUCGCUCAACUGAAUUAUGAACACGAGACUGGGAGAGAGUCCACCUUGGAAAUGAUAGCAUAUCUCUUUGAAACAUUCCCUCAGGGACUGCUCCAUGAGAACUGCGGAAUGUUCUUUAUUCCUCUUUGUCUAAUGAUGGUGAAUGAUGACUCUGCUGUGUGCAAAAAGAUGGCAUCCCUGACAAUCAAAUCCUUGCUCAGUAAAAUCAACCUUGAGAAAAAAGAUUGGCUGUUUGAUAUGGUCAUCACCUGGUUUGGAGCAAAAAAGAGCUUGAAUAGACAACUGGCUGCCCUGAUCUGUGGCUUAUUUGUGGAAAGUGAAGGAGUUGCUUUUCAGAAGAGACUUGGAACUCUUUUUCCUAUCAUUGAAAGAGAAAUCAAUCCCGAGAAUUUUCAAGAUAUAAUGGAAGAGACUGAAGAAAAAGCUGCAGAUCGCCUUCUGUUCAGUUUUCUUAUACUGAUAAGUAAGCUCAUUAAGGAAUGUAAUAUUGUUCAAUUGACCAAACCCUCUGAGAUUUUGAGUAAAAUCUGGAGCCAUGUGCACUGUCACCUGAGACAUCCGCACAGCUGGGUGUGGCUUACUGCAGCCCAGAUUUUUGGAUUGCUCUUUGCCUCUUGCCAACCAGAGGAGCUUGUUGGAGAAUGGUCUGCCAAAAAGACUAAAAAGAAACUCUCGCAACCUGUAGCAGUCAGGUUUCUGACAAGUGAUCUGGACCAAAAGAUGAGAAGUAUCUCUCUAGCCUCUUGCCAUCAGUUGCAUUCCAAAUUCUUGGAUCAGUCUCUGGGAGAGCAGGUUGUUAAGAAUUUGUUGUUUGUUGCCAAAGUUUUGUAUUUACUGGUACCUGAUUCUGAGGAUAAGCAAGAUGAGACAGAAGGAGGCAUGGAAGAACAAGAAGCUUUAGGAGAUGGUGUGGCCAAAGAGGAACCGGAUGAAAAGGUGGACUCUGACAAAGACGAGAACGAAGAGGCAAAGGAAGAGCCGCGCAAGCCAGCCACGCUGCUGUGGUUGAUCCAAAGGUUGUCCCGGAUGGCAAAGCUGGAAGCUGCUUACUCGCCUCGAAACCCAUUAAAGAGAACAUGCAUCUUUAAAUUCCUUGGAGCCAUAGCAAUGGAUCUUGGAAUAGACAAGAUAAAACCGUAUCUCCCAAUGAUCAUAGCUCCUUUGUUUCGAGAACUGAACAACACGUAUUCUGAACAAGACCCUUUACUGAAGAAUCUAUCCCAGGAAAUCAUAGAACUACUCAAAAAGCUGGUUGGGCUCGAGAGCUUCUCAUUAGCCUUUGCCUCUGUGCAGAAACAAGCUAAUGAGAAAAGGGCACUCCGGAAAAAGAGGAAGGCUUUGGAGUUUGUGACUAACCCUGAUAUUGCUGCCAAGAAAAAGCUGAAGAAACAUAAAAAUAAAAGUGAAGCAAAGAAGAGAAAAAUAGAGUUCCUGCGUCCAGGCUAUAAGGCAAAGAGACAAAAAAGCCACAGUCUGAAAGAUUUAGCAAUGGUGGAGUAAAGUGCUCCCUGUGCUGAGACCCAAGCAGUGAUUAACAUCCAAUGUCUCAACUCUCCCAAAGCAGAAACUUUCCGGUGUAUUCUGCUAGUCUGAAAUCACAUCUGUUUUUAUUGGUUAUAUAAAUUUAAGUUAAAGUUUGGCAUAGAUUGUAUAAUAUACAGUUUAAUUUAAUCAUGCUUGUAUUUUUUUUAAAUUAAAACAUGCCUAAAACAUUUCAUACUACUGCUAUAUCUUCACUGUCUAAAAUGCAUGUGAUAUUAGCAAUAUAGAGUUUAAAAAUGUAACAAAAGAUACGGUUUAUUACAGCAAGUGUGAUGGUUUGGAAGCUUUAUGGACCCCUGAAAAUUAUGUUCUUAGAGUUGACCCAUUUCUGUGAGUGUAAACCUGUUGUGGGUGAGACCUUUUGAGUAGGUUAUUUCAGUUAAGGCAUGCCCCAGUUAAUCCUCUUACUGGAGUUCUUUGUAAAUGGGAUGGAUACAGAGAGAGACACAGAGUGAAAGCCUUAGAGCCAGA